GAGGGAGGUGCAAUAAUGCAAUAAUUCUACAAUAAUUUUAUCAGUAGGACAAAAAUAUUGUCAAUGUGAUAAUUUACUACACGCAACCGGCUACACGUAUAUUUUGUUCUUUGUUGUUCUCCGUUCUCCGUGCAGACGUGAACUCAUCUUUCUGGCUUUCUGCAGAUUUUACAGUGUUACAGUGUGUAUUACUUACACUAAUACUACAAGUGUUUUCCGGUGUAUUCGCAGACAGGUGCUUGCUGUCGACGCUUCUUUUAGUGCUUAGUGUAUAGCAUUAGUGUUAGAUUUAAGCUAUGGCAGACCAAACCAGCGAGGUUAUGGAAGAUAAUAGUGCUUAUAAUAUUCUAACACCUGAUGAUAAAAUUGAAAAUAACAUUGUAAUUGAAGUUAAUGAAUUAAAUAACAUGCCAGUAGUGAUGCAAUUAUUGUAUGACUAUAAUUAUCCAGUAGAAGAUCUUCAACGUGUGCUUGACUUAUUAAAGACGUGGAAGUUAGAGUUCUUAUAUCAAACAUUAGUUGAUGAAUUUAUUGAUAUAGAAGCGUUGCAAAUCAUACAAAAGGAUCAUAUUAAUGAAUUGAUAUCAAAGUUUCCUAUUGGUAUAAAAGCAAAAUUUACUCAUAAACUUCAAGAAUGGCAAAAAUACAAUUCAACUGUAAAUUUGCCGGUAAAUAAUCUUUCAUCAACAUCAGUUCAGCAUACAACACCACCAAAUUUGCCAGUAAAUAAUCUCUCAUCAAUAUCAGUUCAGCAUACAACACCGUCUAUUAAAAUAUGUUUGCAAGAAGUUUUAAAUUCAACAACAACUGGAAAAAUGAUCUUGGAUUACUACAAAAACAAUAAAAAAUUAAACAAUAAUAUAAGAACAUUAUUGGUUGAUGCAAUUAUUAGUUACAUAAUAACAAAACAAAUUCCAAUGUCUGUAAAUCUGGCCUCCAGUAUUGGAUCAGAUAUUGUUAAAAUGUUUCAAACUGAAGUGAAGGAUACUUAUUUUAUGAAAGAUGGUUUGAAUAAAAAUCCAAAAGGAAAGCUAUAUUCUAAAUAUUAUAAUUCCAUGAGAACUCUUAAAGUUAGUGGUUUGGUACCCAGUAAAGAACCUUCUUUCAAAACAAUAUCACACAGUAGACAUGAUAUUGAAUUUGAACCUGAAGAUGACAUAAAUUAUAUCCUGGAUAAAAUAAUGUAUGAUGAUAAUUGCUCGUUUCCUGAACUUGAAAAUUUGUGGAAACAAACCACAAAACAUAGACUACAUGAAAUUCAAAAAACUUCCUCUACUGCAGAAAUUCUUCAAAAAUGGAAGAGUUAUACUCAACCUCUUGGUUAUAGACUUAUUGAUAUUGAUUUUAAUACACUUUACCCUGAUUGUCCUGAUCUUAAAUGUGUAUUGGAAAUGAAGUUUCAAAAAGUAAUUAAAUUAUUAAACGAACAAACUAAAGACGUAGCUAGUAAAAAAUUACUGCAAAACCUUAAUGACAAUAUAACUACUAUCAGUGAAAAUGAAAAACAUGCAGUCCUGUUUUAUUUAUUGCAUACAAUUUUUGUUCCAACUAGUAAGAAAAUAACAAGAGACGAUAAUGGCAAAAAAAACCUGGUCAAGUAUUCAAUAAAGGAUAGUCAAGACAGUUUUAUGAUUUUCAAAUCCUCAAUAGCUGAAAUUGAAGAAUAUAUAACUAAGCGUCGUAAUGAAAAUACACCGAUCCAACCUUUUAUAUUGAUUUGUGGUACUCCCAGUAAACCUAAAGAAAUAAUUGUAUUUUUUGAUUGUAUAAAAUUUAAACUUUUUUCAAUAUCAUCUGCAAUUGAUGUAUGCUUUAAAAUUUUUCAUAUUUUCAAUCUAGAAUAUCCACCACAAUCAUCAAUUGUAUGGCUUUUUAUACAAAAAUAUUUUUAUUUACUCAGUACAAAAUAUGAUAAAGCCUAUCAUACAUUGGGUCAGAUUUUAUCAGAUUUAAACACUGCAGAAUGA